AUGGCUCAUAAUUUCAAGCCGGUAGAGGAGUCGUCCAUCAUCAAGUUCAAUGAUCAGGACUUCAACUCCUUGCGGGAUCAAUGUUUACGCAAACACCAGCUAUUCAAGGAUGACACAUUCCCUGCAACAGCGUCUUCCAUAGGCCAGAAAUUGCUCCAGGAAAAAAACCUGUACAGACUGGAGUGGAAGCGGCCACAGGAUUUGCCAGCAGGCCGCCCUCACUUCAUCCUGGAAGGUGUGAGCAGGUUUGACAUCAAUCAAGGAGGAGCAGGAGACUGCUGGUUCCUGGCAGCACUGGGCUCCUUGACCCAGAACCCGGCAAGUCUACAGAAGAUCAUGCCGGUCCAGAGCUUCUCUCAUCAGUACGCAGGGAUUUUCUGCUUCCGGUUCUGGCAGUGUGGCUACUGGGUGGAAGUGGUGGUGGAUGACCGCCUGCCUGUUGUAGACGAUGUCUGCAUCUUUGUGAAACCUCGCCAAGGCAACCAAGAGUUCUGGCCCUGCCUGCUGGAGAAAGCCUAUGCCAAGCUGCGUGGCUCCUAUUCCCACCUGCACUACGGCUACCUCCCUGAUGCCCUGGUGGAUCUAACAGGAGGGGUGGUCACCACGGUCAACAUGUACUCCUCCCCUUCGGACCUGAUGAUGGCAGUGAAGAUGGCAGCCAAGGCAGGCUCCCUGAUAACCUGCGCCACACCAAAUGUGCCAACAGGGAAGGCCGAGCAAAUGGAGAACGGGUUGGUUAGCCAGCACGCCUACACAGUGACUGGGGCUGAGCAGAUUCAGUACAGGAGGUCCGGGGAAGAAAUCAUCCGCCUGUGGAACCCCUGGGGCCACACAGAGUGGAGAGGGCGCUGGAGAGAUGGGUCUCAGGAGUGGCAGGAAACCCUCGACCCGCGGAAAAGCCAGCUGUAUGAGAACAAGCAAGAUGGCGAGUUCUGGAUGUCAUGUCAAGAUUUCAAAGAAAAGUUCUCCUGCUUGUAUAUAUGCAACAGAUUUCCAAUUGCCCUGGACCAGGGAAAUACGUUCCAUGACACAUGGUCUCAAACAACAUUUAAGAACCAAGUGAUCCAAGGAAAUGCUGCAGGAGAACCUCAGAGGCAAAAGCACUAUUUCUUCUCUGUGCAAGAGGCCAUGGGAGGCAACAAUGUUGUUGUGUCCCUCACCAUCAGUACACAAAGUUUGAGGGCAGAAGACAGUCAGUUUCCGCUACAAUUCCAAGUGUUUAAGGUAAGGCAGCCUGCCUCAUUCCAGAAGUUCCGGGAGCGAUUGCCGCCUGCCUUUUUUUCCCCAUUCAGAAUUGCUGCCCAAGGUAUUGUUUGUGAAACCAAGUGCAACUUCACAAAGGCCUUCCAGCUGAGCCCUGGGGACUAUGCAGUGGUCCUCUCUACACACCACAAACAAGUUGAGUUCCUGCUACGAAUCUUCCAGAAAACACCCAACAGUGACAGGCACUUAACUGGCAAUUUCAGCUUCACGUCACUGAAGGAGAGUCUCCCAGAAGAUAUCUCCCCAAGAGUCAUUUUCCACAGAUAUGUUCAGCAGGGAUCAGAGAUGGAUGCUACCGACUUGCAGAGCUUCCUCAACCAGGAACUGCUGGAAGGACCUACUGGGGAUGUGUUCUCCUCGGAUGAGUGCCGCAGCAUCGUGGCUCUGAUGGAUCUGAAAGUGAAUGGACGCCUCGACGAAGAGGAGUUUGGGAGACUGUGGAUGCGCCUGGUCCACUACCAGCAUGUUUUCCAGAAACUCCAGAAGGGUUCUGGGGUGCUCCUGAGCUUGGACUUAUGGAAGGCCAUGGAGAGCACAGACUUCCUUGUAGGGAUCUCCGUCGAUGAGGAGCUGCUGUAUCGCAUGAGCCUGCGGUACAGCGACAGCUCAGGCCGUGUCAGCUUCCCCAGCCUUGUCUGCUUCCUGAUGCGCCUGGAAACCAUGGCAAAGAUUUUCCGUAAUCUGUCCAAGGAUGGAAAAAGACUCUGCCUGACAGAAAUGGAGUGGAUGAACCUGGUCAUGUAUAACUGA